ACAGAUCUUUAUCAACAGCCAGUCACAGUGGGUGAUUACUCGGAUCGAGAUGAAUUCAUCGAUCAAGAACAUCAUCGUUAUGCACAAUCUCAAACAAAAUAUAAAACUGAAUUAAUUCCAGAUACAAUGAAUCAAACAUUAAAUCCAUCACAGAAUAAACCAAUGGAAUCUAUUCGACAAUUAACUAAUCAACCAUCGAAAAUUAUGAUUGCUAUCUAUGAUUAUGAUCCUCAUGUAUUAAGUCCUAAUCCAGAUAUUGAUGCUGAAUUAUCAUUUCGAUCAGGUGAACAAAUCACUGUCUAUGGUAGUAUGGAUGAUGAUGGAUUUUAUUAUGGUACAACAAAAGAUGGUCGUUUUGGUCUUGUGCCUUCAAAUUUUUUACAAUCAUGUACAAAUGAUGUGAAUUAUGAUUAUUAUUUAAAUGAACAAACAAAAAAAACAAUUCCGCCAGCAUUUGCUUCAACUCCAUUAUCACCUACUAAUCAACAAUCAUCAUGUGAUUAUGAAUUGCACACACUGUCAACCAAUCCAGCGAUGACGCAUCAUCAACAUAGAAAUCAGUUGUAUUCAAAUGAUUUGAACAACAACAGCACCAGUAUUAAUAACAAUCCCGCAUUACGUGUACAAACUCGGUCGAAUCAUCCAGGUCAAUUUCAAAAUAUCAAUAAUUAUAAUAGAAGCAUGAAAUCGGAAACAAGU